UUACUACUACAUAUCCCAGAGGUCUAAGCACUCUCUGAGCAGCAACUUUGUCAGAAAUACAGCAGGAGAAAAACUAGUGUAUAGUGUAGGGAGCAUUUUUUGCUGUCCUUACGUUUCUAUCCCGUUCUGUUAAAAGGACAUUUUAACUAUGUUAUGUUUGGAUGUGAUGGUGAUACUAUAGGUGGCAGUGAUCAUGUGACCUUCCUUCCUUAGUUAGGACAUACAGUGUCACUUCAGGCUGGCCAAUCAGACGCAGUCUUGAAAGUGAAAAGGAGACAAGGGUUCAAGUUUCUUUUCACUCAAGUGAGAAGUCUGAACACAAUGACAUCUCCAAAGUUUCUUUUCUACCUGACCUGUUUGAUCUUGGGGAAAAUAGUCACUUCAGCUCAGACAACUAAUCUGAAAAACUCCUCAUCGGAUCAUCGCGACGGAGGUUUUAUAUCAGCUAAUGUCGGGGAGAGAGUAACUUUGCAAUGUUUCUAUGGAGGCGAUCCCACAGCAAGAUUUUACUGGUACAAACAAACUUUGGGAGAGAAACCAAGGCUCAUCUCUAUUUUCUAUAAGUAUGAUAAAAAUGGAACUUUUCAAAACGAAUUCAAAAACAAUCCACGCUUCACCCUGGAUACUGGAAAUGGUAAAAAUCACUUGAAGAUCUCAGAUUUACGCAUUUCAGACUCAGCUACUUACUACUGCGUGAGUAGCCAUACAUUUAUUUUCAAAUUUGCAGAAGGCAUUACUGUCAGUGUGAAGGGUUCAGGUUUGAAAAUCCAACCUUUGGUCCAUCAGUCAGCAUCUGAGACCAUCCAGCCAGGAGGCUCUGUGACUCUGAACUGUACAGUACACACUGGGACCUGUGAUGGAGAACACAGUGUUUACUGGUUCAAAGACUCUGAAGAAUCUCAUCCAGGACUCAUUUACACCCAUGGAGGCAGGAAUGAUCAGUGUGAGAGGAAACCCAACACACAAACACACACCUGUGUCUACAACUUGCCGAUGAAGAGCCUGAAUCUUUCUCAUGCUGGGACCUACUACUGUGCUGUUGCCUCAUGUGGACACAUACUGUUUGGAAACGGGACCAAGCUGGACUUUGAAGAUGAGGUGGACUCUCUGGUCUUGGUGUGUUUGAGUGGUGCUUUGGCAUUUACCACCAUCCUGAGUGUUUUACUGGCUGUCUUAUUGUGUGUGACCAACAAGAGAAACAAGUGCAAAUGUACAGAUUCUCGUGUGAGAUUUUCAGCUCCUUCCACAACAAAUGCAGAGGGUGACCAAAAUGAAGAAAAUAUCCAUUACGCAGCUUUGAAGGAACACAAGAGCAACAGACCAAGAAGGCAAAGGAACAACGGCAAUACUGAAUGUGUGUACUCAAGUGUGAAGCAUUAG